GAACAAUUGCUAUACAAGAUUCUUAGAAAACUAUAUUGAUAUAGGAAAUGUUUCCUCCUGAAUUCGGUUGGUCGAAGGUCGAAUCGUCCCGCCACGAACAAUUUCCUAGCGCUGUUCGCAAGCUGUUUGUUAUGAUCAGCGUGCUACACCCUGGCUUGCAUUUAUCGGCUUUUCAUUGGUCAAACCUCGUAGUUCGUGCAAUCCGCCAAUGAGACGCUGAGAAAUGGCAUCACCGAACUUCCAAAUAUGGCAAAAUUGACAGUAAUCCGAACGCUCCGAACAGAAACCCAACUGUCGUGUGUGACCUGUGUGACGGUGCUUUAUCCUUUAUCCAAACAUCUCUCUUUCAUGCAUCGAAACACACAGGGGUAUGCAUGCGAGUUAUGUAGGAAUUUUGGCAUUUUCAUAGUAAAUACAAGACACUAGCAAGUGAGCCAACAUCGGCAGGCCUAUAUCAUUACAGCAAGGAAGGUGAUUUUAGUGGCCCACCCAUAACAAUUUAAAAUAAAGAUGCUCACCAAGAAAGAAUAUGUUGAGAUGAUUGGUGUGAACUUGAAGCACUAUAUUCUAUGUGAACGUCUGGACAUGAUACCAAAUAUAGAACAGGAGCUCCUGAAUGGGAAGAUCAUCUGCUACUCUUGUGAACCCACUAAGGAAAGUGUGAGGCAAUGGCAGACCAUGUUUGAGGAUCUAACAAAGAGCAGCCUUUCUAAAACUGAAACCUGCAUGCAGAAGAGGGCGUUUGUUCUAAUUGCGAUGACCCUGGCCUGCCAGCACUAUUCCCGUGACCACCCUGGCAAGAAGGGCAUCUCGCCCAAGGACAUUGCCUGCCCGUUUCGGGUCAAACUUUCCCUUCGAAAUAUUGAGAAGGCCCUUGCUGAUUCCAAGCGACGCACCCCUAGGAUGGACGCCCUCUACCCUCUGACUGUCCGGUCGUCGGGCGGGCCGCACAACCACUCGAUGGACGCCGUGCUGCGUCACCGCCGCGUCUCGGACGCCACCCAGCAGCGGCUGACGGAGCUGCUGACCGAACACCGGUCACCGGCCCGGGCCUGGCGCGUCUUCUGUCGUCAGAUGAAGGAGGAGCUCGGAGACAAAUUCGAGGAGGCGGCCAGCGACAACGCCGUGAUCCCGGAUCGUGGCUACAUUUACCGGCUAAACAAGAAGCUGUUCGGCCGUGCCCAGCUGGACACACGCAGUCGGGAACACCGAGCUCCUCGACAGCCUUCCUCCUCCGAGUGCCACCUGGAGCUACUGCGGGAGCAACAGCAACAGCAGCUUCAGCAGCAGGUCGCAGUGGUGGUGGCAACUGGACGGUCCCAAGGCGACCUGAUGCGCUUCGCAGAAAGUACCGACCUGUUUGACGACUGGAUGGAGGACGAUCGACUACCAUCGGAAGUGCUGGAUGAACGGCCAGACCCUUUGGCUGUACUGAGUGAACCAUCCGACCAUUCGACGGUACUAGUGGAACCUUCCGACCCUUCCGGAGUGCUGGGCGAACCUUCCAACCCUUCGCUGGUGCUAAAUGAGACACCUGGUCAUUCGGCACUGCUGGUUGACCCGCCACAACAGUCAACAGUGCUGAGUCAACCACCAGACCAGUCUGUCGAACUGACUCGCCCACUGUCAGACGGAGCAGCCUCUUCACCGCCGUCAGCCGAGGCCGAUGAUUCACAACCGUCGAUCAUGGUGAUCAAUGCUCCCUCGCCGGACGUCCGUCCGGACCCAGACCCGUCCGACCCGCUUAACGAAUCGCCCUCGGUGGCGGCCGAAGAGGCCCGCCGCCUGCUGGAGGGCUUCACCGACGAGGUGGUGAAGACGAUCUCCGAGGGUAGCGACUGGCGCCUGUGGGCGCGCGCCGUGCAGACCUUCACCACCCGCUGGGACACGUUCGCCAUGACCGGCCGGCUGGCGCUGCUGCGCGGCGCACGGUCGGCCGUUCGGAUCCGCAAUCAGGUGCGCUCCAUCUGUGACGUGUUCACCGUGCCGGCCACGCCGCUCGAGGAAGCGCCGAUGGACGGUGAUGUGGCGAUGGAAGAGGCGACGGACAGCGGUGACACUACGGAGGUGCCGGUGCCGGUCGGAGCGCGUGGUCAGGUGGUCUGUGUACUCAGGUCAGGCCCGUCACAGACGGAUGAUCCGUCUGAAGUGACCUCUUAAGUCGUUUGUGGGGCGUAUGGUUUGAAUUAAGUUUUCGUGGGUCAGUGGCUGAGAGCUGCCUUCUUUGUAGACUCCUGUAUGAAGCCCCACCCAUAUCUCAAGACCUCAUGGUGUUUCAAUAUUGUUUUUCUUCACUCGUGAUAAAAUGGGUUCUCAAUCAUGACUUCGAGCAUACA